AUGUUUACUCUUCUUUUAUUGUUGUCAUUAUUCUUAUCAUGCAACGCGGCUCCUCCUUUUGGGCAGUUAUCUGUGAAAGGCAAUAAAUUGUUGGGCAGUAAUGGUCAACCAGCUCAGCUUGCUGGAAUGUCUCUCUUCUGGUCUAACUGUGAUGAAGGCAAAAUCUUUUACAACGAAGAAACUUUGCGUCAACUCAAAUGCGCGUGGAAUGCUAAUGCUGUCAGAGCGGCAAUGGGUGUAGAAUCUACUGGGUGUGGAAAGCCGGGUUAUCUGGAUCUUCCAAAUGUUGAGCGUGAUAAGGUUGAGGCUGUCGUUCAGGCUGCUAUUAAAUUGGAUAUGUAUGCUGUUGUUGACUAUCACACGGAGCAGGCACAAAACUCGCUGGCUAGAGCGAAAGAAUUCUUCACUUAUUUUGCUUCUAAAUAUGGAAAAUACCCAAACAUCAUCUAUGAGCCAUUCAAUGAACCUACGUGUGACUGGAAGACUGCUAAGGCUUAUCACGAGCAAAUUGUGGCAACAAUCCGACAAUAUGAUAAAAAUAAUAUGAUCACUCUUGGCACUUCCACAUGGUCACAAGAUGUUGAUAUUGCUUCUAGAGACCCUGUAAAUGGAGCAAAUCUGUGCUACACUUUACACAUCUAUGCAGCUACUCACAAGCAAAAUAUACGGGAUAAAGCUCAAACUGCUUUAAAUAAUAAUGUUUGCAUUUUUGUAUCUGAAUAUGGAACUGUUGAUGCAAGUGGCGGGGGAAAUAUGGAUACUGGAUCUAUGAAUGAGUGGUGGAAUUUCUGGGAUAAAAACAAAAUUUCAUAUCUAAACUGGGCAGUUGAUAAUAAAGGAGAAGGAUCUGCAGCUCUUAAUCCGAAUACUGUUGCAUCGGAUGUAGGCAAUCCUUCUCAUUGGUCAGCAUCUGGAAAAUUUGUUCAGGCUCAUCUUAAAAACAUGAAUAAUGGUUGGUAUCGAUUUAUUCUUGAAGCUAUACACACGCCGAGUUUUGGAAACAAAAGUCGUCCUAUUGCUGCCAAUAGGAUGACAAGCCAAACAAUAGUCGUCCUCCACCUUCAAUGGAGGGAUUUGUAA